AUGCCAGGAGAAAUUAUCGAGUACACGCUGGCGGAAGUAGCCCUACGCAACGGCAAGGCAGGCAAUCCGACGUGGAUCGUAAUAAGGGAUAUUGUGUACGAUGUAACGCAUUACAUGGAGGAUCAUCCGGGCGGCAGUGAGCUGAUUAGCGAGUGGGCCGGUAAGGAUGGUACGAAGGAUUUUGAUGACUUUGGACAUUCGUCGGAUGCGAUGCGGCUGCUGAAGCCGUUGCAAGUUGGUGUGCUCGUUGUGAGUGAUCAAGCGAAGAAUCGUGGUAAGAGCAACGUUGCUGACGGGCAAUCGAAGUUAGGAGAAGAAUUAACGGAAGAGGAGCUGCUGAAGAAGAAACGCAGCAAACGGCGUAUGUUUAUUCUGUGUGGAUGA